GAGUAACGGGAAAGGAGAAACAGCGGUUGCGGGAGGCUGAGCAGCCGUGCGGUGCUGGCUGUGUUGUCGCGUCGUUGCGAGUCGGGUCGCUGUCGCUUCGUCCCCUGUCACUUUUGCUACACGGCAUGCGAUAGUGCGCGCGCCGGAGAGCCCCGCCGUGCCAGCUGCAAGCGGGGAGGCUGCUCGUGCGAGCCGGACCAAGCAUCACGCAGCGGCCCUCACAUGGGACAGGCGAGCCGAUGGUUUCCUCCGCGCACGGUCGUCUGCUAUCGCUCCGUGGCUGGGCCCCGGACGGAGAGGACGAUGUCCCGCCCUGCACCGUCGUCGCUGUCGAGCAUCGGCCGCCACCUCCGGCCGGAGAGAAGUCGGCGCUUGCCGCGCUCUUCGGGUGCGAUCGGAACUGGCUGCUUAAGGCACUGACCACGAUUGCCGUGCUCGGGGGUCUCGUUCUCACGCUGCUAUGGGGCAAGAUGUACGUUCGCGAAUGCCUCGUCUGGCUGGACAACCAAGACAGCGAGACGGUGUGCCUCGUCUUCGUGCUCAUGUACACCUUGGUGGCCUUUCCGCUUACCUGGGGCUACAUCCUGCUCAAUUUCGCCUGCGGCUACCACUUCGGUCUCGUCCUGGGCGUCGCGGUCACAGCCGCGGCCGCGUCCGUCGGCAUCUCGGUAGCGCACACGGUCAUGAAGCGCUUCUUCCUGGGCUUCAUCAUGGCCCGGCUGCUGUCCAGCGAAGUAGUCCGCUCCACCUUGGCGUUGCUUGACACUGGCCACGCCUUCAAGGUGGUCAUCAUCUCCAGGCUCACGCCCAUCCCUUUCGGCCUGCAGAACGCUAUGUUCGCGGUGAGCCAGAUGAGCCUGGGCCGGUACGUGACGGCGUCAGCGCUUGGCCUAGUGCCGACGCAGGUCAUCAACGUGUACCUGGGGACCACGGUGCGCUCCAUGGAGGAAGUGCUCGACGACGACGCCACCGCGGCCACGGGAUACGCCGUGCUCCUAGCUCAGGUGGUGCUGAGCGUGGUGCUCAUGAGCCUGAUCGUGCGCAAGGCCCGCCAGGAGCUACGCGAAACCGUCCUGUCGUCAGGUUGUUCGUCGCGGGCCUCCCUGGACACCGCCUUCUGCCCGCACUUCCCCUGGGUGCCUGUUGCGCCGAUGCAGACCGCGUGGGCGCGGCCUGCCGUCUGACCCCCGAGCACACGCUUGCCUUUGCUGCGCGCAUUUUGUUUAUUUUCAUUUUCUUUUUUUACGACGGAUGGGCUGUCCCGCCGUUCCCGAGUGAUAUAUCGAGCCCAUGUAGAUGCACUAUAGUAGACGUCGCUACGUUCGGCAGAGAAUGGUUCGGGUACUCCCUUGGGAGGGGGGUGUUAAUGUCGGGAACCAUAUACAGCAUUGCACGAUACCCCGUCUUGCAGCCGCACAGCUAGGGGAGACGUACUUACGAUGUCAGGACUGCCUAUCCCAGCCUGCCACUGACUGCUGACGGGGCAAACUUAUUGAGAGCAGCGGAGCUCUUUUUGAGGCCUUGUCGACGUGUAAGAAAAGACAUUUGUAAGGUUGGUGCGCGGUUAGUAACACGACUGUGAAAAAAUGACUCAUCUUUCGACACUCAAAACAACUAGGCCACGUCGUUCGUGCCGUAUAAAACGUCACCCCUGGUUACUUGGCACUAUAGUGUUUUAUAAGACACGGACAGAAGAGUGCGCAUUUGCUGCCUUUUGAAAAUAAAUAAAUAAAUAUAAAAAGACUGACCACAA